AUGAAUAAUAAUAACAAGAAUAACAAUUUCAGCAAAAACAACGGCAGCAACAAUGGCAACAAUAACGAAAAUUACAACAACAUCAGAAACAGCUCCGGUGGAAUGGUAGGCAGCAAUUUGAAUGUCCCCUGCAGCAUGGGCGGAAUGAGCAACGUCAACGGGAUGGCCCAGCUGCACAGCAAUAUGAACAAAAUGCAUGGGAAUUUAAAAAACAUGCCUGGUAACCUCAAUAGUUUGGCUAACAGUAUGAAGCACAGCAUGUCUGGCUAUGCGAAUGGCAUGCCCAGCGGUAUGAACAGCAUGCCAGGAAGUAUGAGCAAUAUGCCCGGUGGAAAGCACAGUCUGCCUAGUGGUAUGAACAGCCUGCCUGCUGGAAUGAGCAGCAUGCCAGGCGCAAUGAACACACUGUCGGGGGGGCAUGGCAACAUUAGUAUCAUGCGAAGUGGUGCGAACACCCCAAUGAGUAACAUGAACUCCAAAGUAAACAUAAGCAACACUGGUGUGAAUAUCCAGACGGACAUGAAUUUGAAAAACAGAAUCAAAAUGGUUAACUCCGACAUACCAAGUGCCAGCAGAAAUAUGAAUAACCUUUUCAGCAAAAGUAACAAUAAUCAUCUAAGGGAAAAUGUUAUGAACAAUUUAAACUAUAAUUACAACAAUGUGAAUUAUAACACCAUGAUGAAAAGCAACAUAGAAAUGAAUAAUAAAAUGUUAGGUGCAGAGGGUGUAGGAAAAUCUCCGCAAGAUAGCAAUGGCGCGAAUAAAAAUGCGGAGAAUUUUGCUAAUAUAUAUAAUAGUAACAAAAUGGUCAUGCAAACCAGUGUGAAUAACAAGCACUUUCGAAAUGCUGAUGGGAUUAACAUGAACAGAUUUUACGUGAAUGAUAUGAAGAAUGUGGAGAACAAUAUGAUCCCUUUAAACAACAAAAUGAAAAAUGUAAAAGAUAGUCAAAGCAGCUCUAUGCUCCAAUAUAGGGAAAAAGAAUAUUUAGAAAAUGUUUAUAAAAAUAUGGAUAAAUAUAUGUUAGGUAAAAGCGACAAGGAUAAUUUGUACAUCUCGUCUAAGCAGUUGAGUAGUUUGAACUCUGGGAAUACCCCCAGUGGAGGAGCGUCUGGUAGUGCCAGCGGCAUGAGCAACGGCUCCACCCAUGCGAGAAAUUUGAAAAAUUUAGACGCCCCUCAAAUGUACAAAGCCAUGAGUAUAACCCCGAUGAACGCCAAAAGUGGUAUGAAUAAAGUGUUCACCUUUAGCCCAAAUGAUAAAGGCAGCUUUCACGCAGAAGCCUUGGCCGAAGCGAAGCUCAACAACCAGGUGAAGGACGCAGAUUACAGGCAUAUGAACAAAGCGGUUAAUAUGUUGUUUAACGAGCAGGCGAAUUAUGGUCCUUAUGGCGUCAGUAGCGUCAAUCACCAUGGAACCGACAACGCGGCGGAAACCACCCCCAGCAGUGUAAAACCCUUUUUCGCACCGCCGAACACCCUAUUAGACGCCAAGUCAUACAAGAAAAAUGUGGAAAAUUUAAAGGACCACAAAAGUGGGAAUGAAGACAAACAAGUCAGAUACAACCAUUUAAUCGAAGGGAGUAACCUGAAUAAGGGCCCCAACCCCGAGAACGCUAGCAUGGCUCCAUCGCCAUUUGGAAAUAUUAUCGUCAAGAAUCAGAACAUGAGGACUGGCGAUAUGUCUAAUAGCCCCAUGCCAAAUAGUAACAAUGACGCAAAUACCCUGACCAACCUUGACAACGCGGAGGCGUACAAAUUUCACAUCAAUAAGGAAAGGCUAAAUGCAAAUGAAUCUCCUCAUUUUGCAACCCCAGUGAAUAUCCCAAAGGGUCAUCUAAAAGAUAACAAUAAAGUAAAGAAUACUUCGGCAAAGAAGUACAAGAGUCACAGUAAAAUUAUGAAGCAAGCAGAUCAAGAAAAAAAUAUGACUCCUUCAAUGUGUAAAAUGGACUCAGAUGUAGUACUUAACAAGAAAGAAAAUGAUAAUGCUAAUACUACUACAGGAGCUACUAUAAUUAUGAAUAAAAGUAGAGCUUAUGAAGAAAUGAAAAUGGAUAACAAUGGUGUUCCCCUCGAUAAGUUAGGAAAUAAUUCCGCCCAUUUUAACGGGGACACAUCGAAUGAAAAUAAUAUGAACACGAUCGAUCUAACUGUAGGUACGGGAGGAUCCACCAUCAGCAGUAGCACUCCCUAUAGUACUGGUAUGUACCAAAUGAGUAACGGCAAAAAUGCCAUAAAUGGAAACGAGACAGAUACGCUAGGGCCAUAUAACCAGAAUGCACAAACGGAACAAAAAACCGAUGGGGAGAAUUUGAAAAAAACGGAACAAGUGGAGGAGAAAAAAAGGAAAAAGAAAAGAGAGAAAAAGGAAGAAAAGGGAAAGGAUAAAAAUAAGGAAAUGACUAAGAAUGAGAAAGGAGCAUUAUUCCCCUUUGACCAAAAUGUCAAGGGGGAAAAAAAAAAUAUUGAUUAUAAUAAUUAUAUGUAUAACAUAACUGAGAGCAGCGAACAAGGCGCUUUUAAUAGCACUGCACAGAGCGUUCUGCAGACAACGGAUGGAUACAUGAGCAGCAGAGGGUUCCAUGUAACCUCCGGUGCAAGCAUGAUUAGCAACAUGCAUAUGGACAUGCAAAUGGGUGACCAUAUGAAUGCAUCGCUAAGCGCCUCUCUGAAUGAGUCCCUCAACGCGUCCCUUAAUGCGUCCCUCAACACGUCCCUAAGCUUUCCGGAAGACGUGAAGGACCCAAACCACCUGCACAACAAUAAAAAUUAUUUUUUCCCAAAUUACGACCCCAAUAAAAAUGAAACAAACGUGUUCAUGGACAAGGACAAAAGUAUGCUAAAUAGCAUGGACUUGCUAAAUGAAGACGAUUUGAGGUCAUACAAAAUGAAGAAAAAUUUGAGUGACCUCUACGGUGAAGAGAUAACAGCCCUUUCCCCUGAGCAAAUGGAAAGUGACAGAAAAUUGAUAGCCCUAACCAAACUUUUUGGAGACGUAAUUGACGAAAAUGACAACCUGGGAAGUAGCAAAAUAAGUGACGGAGUGAUGGAAAAUAAACCGUACUCACCAACACCCUCCACCUGCAGAAAUAAUGCCCCACAAAAUUUGGAGCUAUUGAAAAAUAUGUCCCUGGACACUCUGCUAAAUAAUUUAAAUAUUGAUAGAGACGUCCUGGACAUACUGAAGGAAAAAAUAAAUAAUAUUAACAGAAAUAUUAAUUUGACUAUACGCUCUGCUGUUCCUCAUGAACAGCUGACUGAUACAAAAGGAGAAAGACAAAAUUUGGAUUUAGAACAGUUGAUAACUCUCUUUGAUGAUUUUAUAAAUUGGUAUGAAAAUAAUCUAAUUCAAAUAAAACUCCAACUACAGAAUGUGUCUUUCUGCUUGCUGCUGGAAAUUUUUAUACUCAUAUUAACAAACAGUUAUGAACACAUUGCCGAUUUUAAGAAAAAAUAUUUAAAAAAAUUUGCUGCGUACGAACCGGUAACAAAGUUUUUGACCACUUGUGUUAAUGUGAGCCAGAUGUUUGAAAUAGCGCUUAUUCGCUUUAAGGAGAAAAAUGCCAAGCACGUCGUUCACAUGACUAAGCUGGGAAAAAAGUCCCUGUGGCAGUACCUAACCGUGUACGGAGGCAUUUCGCUGUACAAUUUAAUUACUACCAAAAUUAAAAUUGUAGAAAUCAAGGACCAGGAGAGCAAUUUUAACUUCUUCAAUUCAUUCGUUUCGGCCAACUUUCUGUACAACGCAAAAAUGGAUUUUCCAGUUACGUGGUCCUUGCCGUCUAUUUAUUUGACAAAGGAUGAAAGUGUGGAGGACGAAAGCAACAAACCGGGAUGUGAAAAGGACGAAAAUCACUACGUACCCAACGAAAGCAGUGACGCGUUUUAUUACUACAAGCAUAUAUUGAAAGUGCAAAAAAAGAACAGACUGAAGGUGACGAAGAAUAGAAUGCCCAGUAUGCUGUAUUACUGUCUGAACAAUUGUAGCGACAUGACGUGUGCGGAAAUUUCCGGCCUUGAUGGAUCCUUGGUCGCCACGGCCCAUUCGAAUAACAUAAUCAAGUUGUGGAACAUCAAACAGUCCCAAAUCAACAAAAUAAAAAAAAAAAAAAAAAACAUGGAAGAAGAAAAAAUUAAUGAAGUCAAUAUGAACGAUACUAUCACAAGGAGACAUGAAUAUUUAGAAGAAAAUCAUACCACCUCUAUAGACUUAGAUUAUGAUGACGAAAAUGAUGGAAUUUGCAAAUUGUAUGGAAACAUGUUUAAUGUUACGAGCUUACGUUUUGGUGAAUCUAAUAAAAUAUUACUAUCAGGAAAUGUUAAUGGGGAUGUUUAUUUGUACAGCACUAUAAGUAACAAAAAUUAUGUCAAAUAUGUGGGCGGGCACACACCUAUAUGGUCCCUCGACACAGCCUUUUUGGGUUACUUUUUUUGCUCCAGUGAAGAUGAUGGCAAUUUGAGGAUCUACUCCACCAAUAGAACAUACCCCUUUAUUACUUACACGUAUAACUGCCCCGCCAAUGUUUCCAAAUACCACUACAAUAGCACACUUGUGGCUUGUGGAUACUACGACAAUUAUGUACACCUGUACGAUGUCAGAGUAAACUCUUUUAUCAAAAGAUUCAAAAAUAAUUACCCAAGUAACCAGGGAGUUACUUCCUUGAGUUUUUCCAAAAAUGGAAGAUUGCUAUCCUAUGCAGGUGGCUACACAAAUAACAUCAAUUUAAUCGAUUUAGCAAUGGAUAAAUUUAUUGACGUGGAACCCAAAAUGGCUAUUUCAGCGAAGCCUGGUCACAAUAAUACCGAGUAUACACAGAAGUCCAAACCGUUUGACACGGACUUAGAUGCAAAAUUGCUAAGCACAACAAAUGAGGCAACACAAAAUGGCAGGAUUCCAUUUGACACUGAUUUAAACUCGUUUGAGGACAAAAUUUUGAGUAUCGACUUUAGUUACGACAAUAACUUAUUAGUUUCCAUGUCUUGUAAUAACCUCAUUGAUUUUUACAAUUGCUCCAAAGCAUCACAUGAGAUAAAACAUUCAACACAGAAAAAGAAAAUCAAAUUGGAAGAGUCCAAAAGCAAAAGGAACCACCCAUAUGUCAAUCUAUCCAAAUCGUACGGUGUUAACCACUCAAAUUUAAUGUCUGCAAAAUUUACGCCCGAAAAUGUACUCCUGCUCUUUGGCAUAAAUACCUUAAUAUGA